UUGGAUAGAUUCUGAGAUCUUUGGUGGUGGCAACUGGAGAUAUGGAAAUCAGGUGCUUGCCGCACACCACAGCUCUUGGUGUCUUGCUGGUCUGGUCCGUGGUCCAACUGCAGAAUGUUUCAGCUUCCUGCCCUCAGUGCAAUGAAAAUGCUACCUGCUACAACAGCACCCACUGUAUUUGUGAAAAUGGAUACAGGACAAAACCUGAUAAUAGAAAAAUUAUUGAGCCACAUGAGAAAUGUGAAGAUAUUAACGAGUGUGAAUUGGAGCUACCAGUGUGUCAGGAUGUGUCAUAUUGUAAAAAUAAAAUCGGGGGCUUCAUAUGCAGCUGUGUAGUAAAAUAUCGAAUCUUCAACUGGGUAGCUGGCAUUGUUGAUAUUGAUAAUCCUGAGUGCUAUGUGAAUAAAGGGAAGAAAAUAGGAACACAAGCAGAUAUUUGGGGAGAAUUGAAUAGACAUGAAUCAAAAAAGAACUUUGCAAAAACAGCUACCAAAGUAUUUCACCAAGUGGAACUCCAUGUAUUGAAUGAAAACUCAGCUGUGCCAACAAAGGGUGAAAAUUCUUCAUUGGGAAUAGUAUAUGAAACCAAGAGGUGCAAUAGUAUGAUUCUUCUGGAAGCUGGAAAUAACACGAUGGAGAUUGACUGUGCCGAUGCUCUCAAAGGAACCAAGAGUGGAGAUGAGACUGCAGUUGCUCUUAUUGCAUAUCAGUCCCUUGGGAAGUAUCUAAAUGGAUCAUUUUUUAACAACGAAGGGAUUAAGGAAGUAAAAUUGAACUCUCUUAUUGUGAGUGGCGCCAUUCAUUCAGAAGUCAAACCUGUCCUGUCUGAACCUGUUCUCCUAACUUUACAAAACACUCAGCCCAUUGACCCAAGAGCAAACCAUCUCUGUGUCCACUGGGAACAAUCAGAGGAAGGGGGCAGCUGGUCCACUAAGGGCUGUUCUCACGUGCGCACAAACGACUCCUAUACCAUCUGCAAGUGUUUCCACCUGUCCAGCUUUGCUGUGCUCAUGGCUUUACCCUUCGAGGAGGACUCUGUGCUUUCUGCACUCUCUGUGAUCACCUAUGUGGGACUGAGUCUUUCUCUCUUGUGCCUAUUCCUGGCGGCUGUCACCUUUCUCCUGUGCCGGCCCAUCCAGAACACCAGCACCACACUCCACCUGCAGCUCUCCAUUUGCCUCUUCCUGGCUGAUCUCCUCUUCCUCACAGGCAUCAACAGAACUGAGCCUAAGGUGCUAUGCUCCCUCAUUGCAGGAAUGCUGCACUACCUCUACUUGGCUUCUUUCAUGUGGAUGUUUCUGGAAGGACUACAUCUUUUUCUCACUGUGAGGAAUCUCAAAGUGGCCAACUACAGCAGCUCAGGACGAUUCAAGAAGAGGUUCAUGUAUCCUGUAGGCUAUGGAAUCCCUGCUUUUAUUGUCGCUGUGUCUGCAAUAGCCAGCCAUGAAAAUUAUGGAACAGAUACCCACUGCUGGCUCAGCCUUAAUAGAGCAUUCAUCUGGAGCUUCUUGGGGCCAGUGGCAGCCAUUAUCUUGAUAAACCUGGUGUUCUAUUUUCAAACUAUAUGGAUUUUGAGAAGCAAACUUUCUUCCCUCAAUAAAGAAGUUUCUACUCUUCAGGAUACCAAGAUCAUGACAUUUAAAGCCAUUGUUCAGCUAUUUGUAUUGGGAUGUUCUUGGGGCAUUGGCUUAUUCAUGGUCUUUGAAUUCGGGAAGACAGUCAGACUGAUCAUUGCCUAUCUAUUUACCAUCAUCAAUGUCCUGCAGGGGGUUUUGAUAUUUGUGGUACACUGUCUGCUUAGUCGCCAGGUGCGAAUGGAAUAUAAGAAGUGGUUUCAUAAGAUGCAGAAAGGUGUUGAAACUGAAAGCACUGAGAUGUCUUAUUCCACUACCCACACCAAAAUGGAAGAAGUUGGAAAUCGGCAGAACUGACUCACUGGGAGCAUUCACAACUUGAGUUCCUGCUUCAUAACCAAGGACCGUUGUCAUCCCCAUGUGGCCACACAUGGACUAGGUUUAUGUCAUCAUUCUUCAGUGUGAACUGACCUUUUGAAAAUAAUUUUGCUAUGCUUGCUAAUGCACAGCCAUUGUAUAUGUAAAUGCCUUUCACUAGGAAAUUUUCAUGCAUUUAUAUAUACCUACAUACAUACAGCUUUGACCAUGUCCACAUACCUUCUCUUAUCCUCACCUGACCCACUGUACUUAAUCACUUUGCUCCUACAUAAUAAUUCCCCUUCCUUGUAAUUUUCAAUGCAAUGGAAAAUUUUAAUAUUUCUCUUGCUACAUCUCAUUUAAUUAUCAUAACAUAUUUUCUUCGAAUUUCAUCUAUGUUCCUGCAAACAAUAGGCUUUUAUGCUACUUCAAAAUAGAAAAAAAUGCCAUGGGUUAUAUAAACCACAUUUUCUUUAUUCCUUGAGAGACUCUGAGGCUGUCUCCACAACUUGGCUGUAGUGAAUAGUACCUCAAUAAAUAUAACUAUGCUGUUGUAGGACACAGUCCUCCGAGAAAAAUAACUGUCAUAUUCAUAAGAUCAGCCAUGACUGCUUACAAGCUUGUCGAUUCUCCCAGAGGAGGGAUGGGGCAUGUCAUUGGACAUUUGUUUGCAGUUAUGCCCUAAUACUCUGACCUUGGUGUCCCCAGAGGUGAUAUAGUAUACAGUCUUCAUGAAGGUUAAUUGACAGAGACUCACCAAUGCAAGCAUGGGGAAGUAAACCCCCAUCUUGUGUGAAGUCUCUUUGGUACUGCUGUUCUGAGGUCACCUACCUGUUUGUAAACCUUCACCCAAUAAACUCAUUGGCUCCCAUG